AUGCGUGUCAAUGCUGCGCUCGCCCUUGCAGCGUGUCUAGCCCCGGCCGCUGCCAUCUUCGAGGACGAUGCAUACCACAUAGACUUCCAUUAUGCCCUCCUGGGCCACCCGAAACAUGAGGCCACCUUCUUCCAGAAACCUUAUGCUGCCAGCAAAGCCUCCCUUCUGUACACCGUCUCCGAGAAUGGCACUGUCGGCGCCAUAAACCCCAAGGACGGUGCGUUAGUGUGGCGCUCAGCUCCGGGCGCAAGUGGGAACGGUCAUCUCAGGGCCGGUGAAGAACAAGACACUGUCAUCAGUGCAGUGGACAACCGCAUAGCUGCAUGGAGCGCCUCGGACGGAAGGAUCGUCUGGGAAACCAAUAUCGAUGGCGCAAUCGCAGAAGACCUGGAGAUUCUAGAACAAGAAGAUGGCAUAUCGAAUGACAACGCCAAAGAUGCUGUCGUGCUAGUCGCCCACGGCAUCAACGGCGUGAAGCGACUGGACGGCAAGACAGGGCGGGUCAAAUGGACGUUCGAGGACACGAGCGGCGACACACCCUUCCAGGUCUCGUCUUCGCCCACGACCAUCUAUUACAUCUCACUACACUCGCCUCUUCUCGGAGGAGGCUCAAAGCUUCGGGUCACAUCUUUGAGCCCAAUCACCGGCAAGAAGCUCGAUUCCUAUACGCUAAGUUCCGAAGGCGAGGUAUAUACCAAGGAGAACAUUCUAUUUGCCGGAGCGAACACCGCGGCACCCAUUCUGGCAUGGACGGAUAAGGCGCAUAAGGUGUUGAAAGUCAACAUCAUUGGGACGAAAGGCGUCUCUAGCUUCAAUACUCCCACAAGCGAGAGCAUCGAAUCGAUUGUUCUGCACGCGCCCCGAAAGGUCAACUCGCUUCCACACUUCCUCGUCGAAUAUCAGACCGCUACCGGGCAUUCGGCUGAGAUAUACCACGUUGAUCUGAAGAAGAGUACUGUUUCCCAAGCCUACAAGCUUCCGCUACUGAAAGGCAAGGGCACAUUCGCGACCAGCACGACAGAUGCCAAUGUAUAUUUCACGAGAAUUACCUCUGAGGAGGUUUCGGUCGUUGCAUCAGUGUCCCAUGGAAUCCUUGGCAAGUGGCCGAUCAAAGGCUCUUCAGCCCUCGCUGGAGCGUACCCGGUUCAUGGCGUAGCUGAAGUUGUUGUCAAAGACAACUCUGCCUCCGCUGUAAGAUCUGCUGCGCUCUUCUCCAAUGGCCAGUGGGCGCUCAUUCGCAACAACGAAAUAGCAUGGAACCGGCCUGAAUUCCUGUCCGGCACCAUAUCGGCUGUCUGGGCACAGCUUCCUGAAGAGGAGUCCCUUGCUCAUCAGCUAGAAGAGGAACAUCACCAGGACGUUAUCAGCGCAUACAUCCAUCGUGUGCAAAGGCAUCUUCGCGACCUACAAUAUCUCCCGGCAUGGCUGCAGAACCUACCUAACCGGGUUCUGGGCAGCGUUACCGGCCAGUCUGACAGCACUACGAUCGAGGAAAUCCAGCAUGACACGUUCGGUUUCCACAAACUGGUCAUUGCUGCCACUGAGAAGGGGCGCUUGUCUGCGCUCGAUGUGGGGUCUCAGGGCAAAAUCGUGUGGAGUAUUGACCUUCACCAAUUCGCACCAGGUUCCAUCAUCUCAAGCCCUUCGCUGAAGGCGUUCCGAGGCUUUGUUGAAGUCAAAGAUUCUAGUUUGACCCGGCCUUUAUUUAUCAAUUCGACGAGCGGUGGACAAGUAUCUUCGCAAGACGCGCACGAUCAAUGGCUGCCAAACUCAGAUCAAGAAACUCUUGUGACCUACAAGCUUUCGGAAGGCAAGCUUCAAGGUUUCUUAGGCGCUGAACCCACUACACAGCCUGUGUGGGCUUUCACACCUCCUCCGGGAGAGAAGAUCGUUCGAUACACUGCACGUCCGGCGAAAGACCCUGUGGCUUCGAUCGGCAAGGUUUUGGGAGAUCGUAGAGUGCUUUACAAGUAUUUAAACCCGAAUUUGGUCCUUGUCACCACGGUCACUGAAGCUGGACGUCGCGCUUCGGUUUACCUCCUUGACUCCGCCUCUGGACAGUUGCUCCACACGGCCUUACACUCCGGUGUAGAUGUCUCACGGCCUAUUCCUUCGACCUUUUCCGAAAACUGGUUCACGUAUUCUUUGACCCUUGACUCUACCUCAAGCACCGCAUCGCGUGGUUACCAACUCGUCGUUUCUGAGCUCUUUGAGUCUCCUUUACCAGACGACAGAGGACCACUUGGAGAUUCUGCCAAUUCCUCCACGGUCCUGCCAAAGGGCGAAGCUGCAAAGCCCCAUGUCGUCUCUCAGAGCUUCCAGAUCCCAGAAGAGAUCUCGCAUAUGACUGUAACACAAACACGGCAAGGCAUCACCAGCCGUGAGCUUAUCGUUACCCUGCCUUCUUCAAACUCGAUCGUCGGUAUUCCUCGCGGAGUGAUCGAUCCUAGACGCCCAGUUGGCCGCGAUGCCACAGCACAAGAGCAAUCUGAGGGGUUGGUUAGAUACGCACCCAUGAUCUUGUUUGAUCCCAAGUGGCACCUCAACCACAAGUACGAGGUCGCCGGCAUUAAAGAUGUCAUCACCAGCGAAAGCGGCCUCGAGAGCACCAGCCUGGUAUUCGCAUAUGGAAAGGAUAUCUUCGGAACAAGGGUCGCACCUUCUUUUGCUUUUGACGUGCUGGGAAAGGGCUUCAAUAAGGUGCAGAUGUUGCUUACCGUCGCGGCAUUGUUUGUGGGAGUGUUGUUCGUGGCACCGCUGGUUCGGAGAAAGCAGAUCAACUCGUUAUGGACAGUGCCGCAGUGA